AUGCGCAGCAAUCGUGCAAAAAAUUUCAGUAUCCCAAAAGUGGACGAAGAACUAGGAGCGCAAACAAGAUUCGAGCCGGUAGCAGUGGAAGCACGCCCAGCAAAGGCGAAAUCGAAAAUGCGCAACAAGCUGAAAUGGAAGACGGGCUACAGUCCGAUGCCCGAAGAAUCCCCUCAUGUAUCAGCGAAAGCCUCAGGAUCGGACAAACCGUUACAUCUGAACAUGAUGAUUGGCCCUGAUACAGCUCCGGUGAAAGAGUCGACCACUGAAGAAGAAUCUUUAACGAAAGACAAGGCUCACAGUUCAGAUGAUUUGCAGAAUCCGCAGCAGUUUCUUUGGGUUUUCACUCGAAAGGUGCUGGAGGAGCUACUCAUCUGGCUGAUCAUUUUUAUCAUCCUUAUAAACCAAAGGAUUCAACGGUAG